AUGUUUCUUUUUACAGAUGUGGAUGAAUGUGAGAAUGAUAAUGGUGGAUGUGGCCACGUUUGUACAAAUACUAUUGGUAGUUACAACUGUUCAUGCAGAAAUGGUUACAUGUUACAUGAAAAUGGACAUAGUUGUAAAGAAUCGGAUUGUACACAUACAAUAAGGCUUGCUGAAGGCGAAAUAACCAGUCCAAACUGGCCAGAUAAUUAUCCUAAAAAGAAAGACUGUACAUGGUUGAUUAUUGGAGCAGCUGGUCAUCGAUUGGAACUGGAAUUUGAUGAAUUUGACUUAGAGCAGCACCAAGAGUGUGCAUAUGACCAUGUCAUGAUUUAUGACGGAGAUUCAGAAGAGAAUCGUAUUUUAGGAAGAUAUUGUGGAAAUCAUAAUCCACAGACAGUGACAGCCAGCAGUAACAAAAUGUAUAUAACCCUUCAUUCUGAUGCUUCCGUCUCAAGGACUGGAUUCUUGGCUAAACAUUAUACAGUGUUGACAAACUUACUUGGUUUUUGGGUGGCAGUGCCAAACGAAAGGCAAUCUUUAAGUGUAGCAAAUAAUAGUGAUGAUGAUAUUAGUGAACUUUUAAUGGAUGAAUUAGGCGAAUUAAAUAUCGAGACAUGCAAAGGCCGUGAAAAAACAUCAGUGCCCAAACUGUGUGUUACACGCUGGGCGGCUAGGGUUACCACGCUGUCAGCCCUGCUUGUCAAAUACAAGAUCGUUUUAGAGUCCAUGGAAGCUAUUAGGGAUAGAAGCAAUGGUGAUGCAAAACGAGACGCAUAUGCUCGUAUGUUAAUUGAUCCCCAAUUUAUAGUGGCACUGGUUGUGGCUCAAUUCAUUUUGAGUUACUGUGCUUGUGUGACAAUAGCACUACAGUCAGUAAAUUGUGACUUGGCAAAGGCAUACAAAGACAUAAAGCUCUGCAAAGAAGCCAUUCGCAAAUCACAUUGUGAUGACAGAUAG